AAGUAACACCGGAAAUAUUUUUGCUACUGUCUGUAGGGCAUCUUCUCAUUCCCAAUUUAAGAAGUUAAAUUAAGUUAAAUAUAUACUGAAUUCUGUGUAUGCGAGUUUAACAGCAGUCAUGCCUACGUGCCGGUGGUUAAAUAUGAAACAAUAAUUUUGAAUGUACUUUUAAAACGAAAUCUUUGUGCCAUUAUUCAGAGGACACAAGAGCUGCCAUGAGGUUGACUUAGCGGUAAUGUACUUAUAAUGUGAUAAUCCGCAAGUAGCUGUAUCUCAGCCUGUCGUAAUGUCCACCCUGUUCUACCGUGUUUCCAAAAUCAUUCAACCAACAGGUUUAGUAACGAGUCAGGUCAGGAGGUUUGGAUUUAAUGCUCCUUGUUCACAGUGGGAUAUACUACGAGUCAAAACACAGACAGCCACUAACAUCAGUGCUAUGGCUCACAAGUCAGCGAGGCUCAGUGUUUCUUGCUCCAGAUGUGUGUCAGGGUCAACUUCAACAGAGGCUCGACCAGCACGAGUGAAGAGAGUUUCUAUCGAGGGAAACAUUGCUGUUGGAAAGUCGACCUUUGCAAGACUCCUGCAGUCAGCUUGUCCAGACUGGCAGGUGAUGGCAGAGCCUGUCAGCAAGUGGCAGAACAUUCAGAGUGGGACCUCCAAGGAGAAAGAUUCAGUAUCUCCCCAGGCAACAGUCAGCAACCUGCUGCAGAUGAUGUACCAGGAUCCUCAGCGCUGGUCAUACACUUUUCAGACAUAUUCAUGUAUGAGCCGACUGAGGACACAGUUGCAGCCUCCUCCAGCUCACCUGCUCAGCUCAGAGGGAACACCUGUGCAGGUGUAUGAGCGCUCGGUCUACAGCGACAGGUACAUCUUUGCUCUGAAUAUGUUUGAGCUGGGCUGUAUAAACCCCACUGAGUGGGCCAUCUAUCAGGACUGGCACUCCCUCCUGGUGGAGCAGUUUGGACACCAGGUGGAGCUGGAGGGCAUCAUCUACCUCAGAGCUCCUCCAGGGAAAUGUAUGGAGCGCCUUGAGCAUCGGGGAAGAGCGGAGGAGAAAGAAGUGAAGCUGGAUUAUCUGAACAAGCUGCACAGUCAACAUGAGAGGUGGCUCGUUGAGAAGAGCACUGAGACACAUUUUGAGAAGUUGAAACAGAUUCCUGUGUUACAACUCGAUGCCAGUGUGGAGUUUCAGAGGGACCCAGAGUUGCGGGAACAAUUCAUUACAAAAGUGAAGAACUUUUUCAAUGCUUUGUGAGGAGACAGCGGUGGGCGACAGAUGAAACCAGUCAGACCUCAGACACUCCAGUGCGUUCACAGACAUAUGAAACUAAAUACGAGCCUCCCACACAGUUAUAUACAUAUGAAAAUUAAAAGGUUUAUCUUUUUGAUAAGUUGAAGUCUCCACAGGAGCAUGACCUCAUGAAUCAAUGUGACUGAGUUUUUUUGUUAUUCCAAACGCUUUGUUGUUUACUUAUUUAUAUUUGAAUGUUUGGAUAUACAUUAUGCUGUAAAAGUUACUCCAUUCACUGUACUGUUUAUUCCACUUGAACUGUGUCUCUCUUCACCAUAGUAAUACAAAUAUCUUCAUGACAAAAAUGAAGAUUUGCAAAGGGAUUUUUUACUAGCAUCUGUAUAAUAUCAACUUAAAUAUGCUCUCACCUUUGGAAGCUCAGUUUACUGUUCUUAAACAACUUAAUAAACAAGGAAUGUUUAUCUUUCA